UUAUUCUCCAACGCUCAUCCUCUCUGCCCCCGGAAACAAAAUUUACAGAUAUUCCUCGUUCUCCUGCCUAGUGAAUUACCAGGAUGAUGGAGAGCAUGCCCAUCGAUACGCGCCACCCGGCAGUAAGAGAGUAUCUUGCCUUGAUACGACUGCAAGUCCUCACACCGCUGUCACUCCUUAUCAACAUUGCGACAACGAUCGUCUGCUCCGCCGUCCUGACCCCAGGACUCAGCGAGAUAUCAAGACAAUAUUCCACAACGGUCGCACCAAAUCCGUCGCUCAUCGCGAUAUAUGUGUCGCUGUUGUUCAUCGGACAAAUUGGGUAUUGUGUCUUGCUUGUGUGCGCCCGCAAGCCUGAGACCAAGAUCGCGCUCGUGAAGGGAGUUGGCCUCCCCCUCGUCAUCGCCAACUGGGUUAUGGCCUUCUGGGCGAUCGCCUGGGUUCUCCAAGCAUUCCUUGUCUCCACAGUUUUGCUCGGAAUCCUCCUUGCGUUAAUGAUCUACGCGAACAUCACCCUACUCGUGUACGAUAGCCCUACGCGAUCUCGGCCGCUCGACGUCGUGUUCAUCCACGCGCCCGUUCGGGCAUUUAUGCUGUGGCCGCUCAUGGUCAUGUUCCCGUACAGCCUCUUUAUUACGCUGGGGUAUGCAUUUUCCCCCAGUGAGCCGCAGCACUAUGCGCGAUACCAGUGGACCGGGUUCGGGGUGAUGAUGGGCGUGAACGUUUUCGGUCUGCUCGUCGUAAUUCUGAGCCGCGACAUUGUAUGGUGUGUCUCCGCUAGCUGGUUGUGCGCGAGCGUGUGGAGCCGCUCGCCGAAGCCGAUGCCUGUCUGGCUUACCUGCGUGCUCUUUACGAUCGCAUAUCCACUUGGGCUGAUGGCGUCGUCACUGUACAUGCGCUUCCGCGGCUAUCGAAAUGGCGCGAUCAUGCUUUCGACGGAUGACGAAAACGACGGGCCUGCUAUAGGCCAGGAGCAGGGGCAAGGCGGAGAGCAACAGAGGGGCCCUCAUCAGGUUGAUGUGGACGCGCUGUGGGGAUGAGCUGGUCCGUCCGAUAUUGGCGGGCGAAAUGGGCG